AUGACCACGGAGUCAGAAGUAGACGAACCUGCAUCAACCGACCAAGAAGAAGCUGCAUCCACUGAACAAGACGAAGCUGCAUCCACCGAGCCGGAAUUUAUUGUCACCACGCCGACUUUCCCGGAAAGACUAUUCGCACGUAAUUGCUAUCCUGCCAAACCUCGACUGAACAUCUAUUCAAAGGCGAGUAUCAUUGGAUCACAAGCCACUACGCUUUCUCUGCGUGAGUUCGGAGACAUCACGGGGCUGAAAUGCGAGCCUGAAAGGGAAAAAGUAGGAAACGGGUCAGAAUCUAUCGAUGCCAUACCUGGACGUAUGUGGAAAGAGUUGUUUGAAACUGAAGAUGAAGACGUGACUGUACCAGAUGUUCUUCGUAUGCUUGAACAGCCUAGUCUUCCUGAGUCGAAGCGGUUGCCACUAGCUCUCAUUGCGCUUGUAGAUGGGCUCCUGGUUUGUGGUCACAAACUUCUUCGUGUGACGCCUGCUUACGUCGAGAUGCUGGAAGACACCGAAUCAUUUCUUCAAUAUCCAUGGGGGAUAGAGGCAUUCGUCAGCACUCUGUCUAGAUUGACACCACUUCAACCUUCUGAUCCUUCUAAAAUGGAUAAAUACCUUUCGGUCAUGCGCCUUCGUUUGAAACAGCAGUCAACAGCGUGUUAUGGGUUCCCUCUGGCGCUGCAACUUUUUGCUUUUAAAGCUAUCCCCUCAUUGCUUGAGAAAAUUCCCGAACCUAAUAAAACCACUUCUUUCUUGCAAGAACCAGAAGGAUGCGACUCAACAAAUGCACUUCUGAAUUUUGAAGACAUACUUCUGGUGGAAACCCAAAGAGAGAUUAUUGUUACGUAUUCAAUCCCAGAUGAAGGUGGGGAUCCAAAGUGGAAGAAAGAAAUAAUCGAUCCCCGAAUAGAUAACUUAGUUCGUCGAAAGCGGGAAGGGCACGAGUUCAAAACAACAGACUUUAGAGGAGGUGAUUCAUCCCUUCCACCUCUGAAGGCAGCCGAAAAGGCUGAAGGUGUUGAUGUCAAAAAAAAUGUCAAAAGCCGUUUAGGCGGUUUGGGAAAGCCAGUGAUGAACCUGGAAGGUGAACCAGGGAACUUAUCAGAUAAGGAGCAAGAGCUGAAAGAGUGGAUACGAGUUGAACUGAAAACCCAGUUGGGUAAAUUGCGGAACGAGAUUUUUGACUGGUUGCAUCAUGAUAGGGGAGGCUCGUCCACGGUUCCGCAAAACACAGCAGCCGGUAAAACAAACAGAGACAACGGUCACGCUGACCCAACCGGCAUGGAAGUUCCAAAGAAACGACGUCCGUUCAGUGGUGAUGGUAAUGAUGAAGCUGAAAUAUUUGGGUCUGAUAUUAAGAAACACAAGAAGAACAACGGCAAUGGGUUUAGCGAUGAGGAGACGAUGAGAAUGCAUGAUAAUCAUUGUGAUGGUCGUACGCCAAAUGCUCGCUUCUAG